AUGAUGCAGCCGGCAACCACCAUGGUCCCCCCUCCAAUGCUCCCACAUCAGUACCAGCAACAGCCACCGCAGCAGCCAUCUCAACCAUGGAUGGCGCAGCAGCCUCAGCAACCCCCAUACCAGGUCCAUCCUCAUCAACCGCCGCCCGCAGCGGGUUAUUACUACCAGCAGCCGCAGGCUCCGGCAGGCGCCGUCACGCAGCAGCAGUACGCUGCUGUGCCAGCGGCUCCGGCUCAGCCGAUAGCGGAUGAUGGGAUCCGGAGCCUGUGGAUUGGAGAUCUGCAGUACUGGAUGGAUGAGCAGUAUUUAUACGGCUGCUUUGCAACCACCGGGGAGGUGGUGGCAGCUAAAGUUAUCCGCAACAAGCAAACUGGCCAGUCAGAAGGUUAUGGAUUCAUUGAGUUUGCUAGCCAUGCUGCUGCGGAGAGGAACCUGCAAACAUACAAUGGCAGCUUAAUGCCAAAUGUCGAACAGACUUUCAGAUUGAACUGGGCAUCCAUGGGAGCUGGGGAAAAGCGUGAUGAUGCUUCUGACUACACCAUAUUUGUUGGAGACCUGGCAGCUGAUGUUACUGAUUACAUGCUUCAGGAAACUUUCAGAGCCAAUUAUCCUUCAGUGAAGGGUGCAAAAGUUGUCACAGAUAGAAUAACAGGACGUACAAAGGGCUAUGGGUUUGUUAGGUUUGGUGAUGAAAGUGAACAAUUGCGUGCCAUGACAGAGAUGAAUGGUAGGUUGUGCUCCACUAGGCCUAUGCGAAUUGGUCCAGCUGCAAACAAACAAAAAGUGGGUGGUCAGACUCAGACCAAAGCCUCAUACCAAACUUCACAGGGAACUCCAAGUGAGGAUGAUCCAUCUAACACAACUAUCUUUGUUGGGAAUUUGGACCCCAAUAUCACAGAUGAUCAUCUGAGACAGGUGUUUGGCCAACAUGGACAGUUACUCCAUGUGAAGAUACCUAUGGGCAAACGAUGUGGUUUUGUUCAAUUUGCUGACAGAAGCUGUGCUGAGGAAGCUCUACGGGUGUUAAAUGGAACCCAAUUGGGAGGUCAGAGCAUUCGACUCUCGUGGGGCCGUAGCCCUUCAAACAAACAGGUUGACCCUAACCAGUGGAGUAGUGGAUAUUAUGGUUAUACCCCCGGUUAUGAUACCUAUGGAUAUGCUCCGGCAGCACAGGAUCCAAAUAUGUACUAUGGAGGCUAUACUGGAUAUGGAAGCUACCCACAACCACCACAACAGCAGCAGCCAAUGCAACAACCUCAGUGA